CGCCUCUGCUUCCCUCCCUCCUUCUCUCCCUCACUCCCUCCCUCACUCUUUUCAACUCCUCUGUUGAAAGCUGGCGCUUUACUUGGGUUAACUAGGCGGUAUCUUCCGAGUGGUGGAACUUUUGGGGAGAGCUUGGAGGCAGGGUGUUCUUUUGUUCGCUCUAAAGGCUAUAAUGGCAAAAAUACCCCAAUAAACACAGCAGAACCCACACCUGGUGCUCUUAAAUAUUCUUACUACAGGUUUUGUUUUCGGUGUGUUCUGUAGAAAAAUUGAAUUACUCAGUCGUCCUUUCUAAGCGUGCACGAUCAAAGCACAGUUAGGCAACCUAAUAUUUUUUUUUAAUUUUGUAGUAGUGACAUGGUUGCAGGAGUUGAAUGCACCAUUAGCAGGGGUACUAGCGAUACCAGAUUUGAAGGUAUUGCUGACUUCCUCGGUGGCGAAGAGUCUUGCAGAGGGAUCUGAAAUCGAUUGGAGCAAUGGGUAAUUAUCAGAGGCAUGAAAUUAAGCAAAAACAAAUUCAGAUUCUGCCCCUGGGAUGCAGUAAAGCUGGGCACAAGUAUAAGCUGGGAGAGGAGUGUGUGUAGAGCAGCCCUGCGAAAGGGAUCUGGGGGUGCUGGUCGGCAGCAGCUCAGGCUGAGCCAGCACUGUGUGCCCGGGCAGCCAGGAGGGCAAACCCCAUCCCGGGGAGCAUCAGACACAGCAUCACCAGCUGGGAUUGGGAUCAUCCUGCUGGAUUCAGUCCUGCUGCCGCCUCACCCUGAGUCCUGUGUGCAAUGCUGGGCCCCACAGUCUGAGAAGGGUGGGAAGGUCCUGGAAUGGUCCAGAGGAGGACAACAGAGCUGGUGGAAGGGCUGGAAGGCACAUCCUGUGAGGAGAGGCUGAGGGCUCUGGGUUUGUCUGGUUUGGAGAGAAGGAGGCUCAGGGGUGACCUCAUUGCUCUGUACAGCUCCCUGAGGAGGAGAGAGGGAGCUCCCUACCUAGGGAGUGAGUGCUGGUCUGUUCCUGGCAUCCAGUAAACAGGAGAUGUGGAAAUGGUUCAAAGCUAUGUCAGGGGAGCUUCAGACUUGACAAUAGGAAUAUUUUCUUUACCAAGGACAACAAAGCUUGUGAAAGGCCUAGAGAGUAAGUGGUGUUAGGAGUGGUUGAGGGAGCAAGGUUGGAGAAAAGGAGGUUCAGAGGAGACAUUAUUGCUCUUCACAGCUGCUUGAAAGGAAAUUGUUGUAAGGGCGUCAGCCUCUGGAACAGAUUUCAAGGUCUGUUCAAAGGAAGUUCAGGUUGGACAUCAGGAAUUUUUUCACAGAAAGGGUAUUUAAGCAUUGAACAGGUUGCCCAGGGAAAUAAUGGAGUCACCACCUCUGGAAUUGUUCAAGAAGUGAUUGGACAUGGCAUUUGGUGCUGUGAUCUAGUUGGAUGGUGGUGUUCAGUCAGAGAUUGGACUCAAUGAUCUUGGAAAUCUUUUCCAACCUGAAUGAUUCCAGUUCUAAGAGCAUGAUCAAAUAAAUACUGGAACAGGCUUCUUGUAGAGGUGGCUGAUGCCCUAAACUUGUUAGUUUGUAAGACAAUAACCUUAGUAACAUGGUUUUACUUCUGGUCGGCCCUGAAUUGGUGAGAUGGUUGGACUAAGUGAUCAUACAGAGUCCCUUCCAACUGAAAUACUUCUAUUCUACUCUGUUUUUGCAGAAGAACUUCCUAAACUAACAAAAAGUUACCGUUUAUUAGCCACUGAUGUCCUUGAAAUGACAGCUGCCAAGACUUGGUGCUGUUGCAGCCAAGCCCUGCACUGGGUCUCUAAAUAAGAGUGUUUCAAGCCAGCUUUCUGUUGUCAGGGCAUUCAGUCUCUUAACAUAAACGAAAAUGUCUACAUCUAGCAUUGUAGCAAGAGUGGAAACCUGGCUUUCAUCCACAUGGCACGUUAAAGUUCCUUUAACAUGGCUGGAAGCAUGUAUUAAUUGGAUCCAGGAAGAAAAUAAUGGUAGUAAUUUAAGUCAAGCUCAGAUUAACAAGCAGGUAUUUGAGCAAUGGCUUCUUACCGAUCUGAGAGACUUGGAAUAUCCUAUUUUGCCUAAUUGCGUUUUAAAUACUCCCAGGGGAGAGUUAUCCGGCUGCUUCUCUAUACAGAUUGAUUCACUGGUGGAUGUUAGCCAGCCAGCAUAUUCUCAGUUGCAGAAGCUAAGAGGGAAAAGCACUGUAAAUGAAGAAGUAACAGCCAGUACUCAGGCAUUUCAGAAGCCCUGGGAAGCAAAGCCUACUCGAAUGCUGAUGCUACAAUUAACCGAUGGCAUACAUCAAAUUCAGGGCAUGGAGUAUCAACCAGUGCCUGUUCUCUGCAGUAAUCUCCCUCCUGGAACAAAAAUCACUGUACAGGGCAAUAUUGCAUAUCGUCUUGGAGUUCUUCUGCUUAAACCAGAAAAUGUGAAACUGUUGGGGGGUGAAGUUGAUGCUCUCCUUGAGGAUUAUUGUCAGGAGAGAGUUCUUGCUAGGUUAAUUGGAGAAGCUGAAAAUCCUAAUUCUGUUGGACGAGCUGGACAUGAACAGAUUUUUUCAAGGCCUGUGGAUGAGUUAGAACAAAUUCUUGCUCCUUCAGAUGAAGAGCUUUUAGCCAGCCUUGAUGAAAAUAAUGAAUUUACUUUAAACAACAGAACAUCUUUAGAAAGUGGAUACUGUACUAGAAGCAACAAUUUUAAUACAGCCUCAGGUUCACUGCCUGCACACAAUGGAAGUGUUUUGCUACAAAAAUCUGGAAGUCCUUUGCCUCACUCAGAUGAAGUUUCACCUCCCAUAGGAUACGCUGAUGGCUUUUUAAAUGACUUUCCUUUAGAAGAUGACUUUCUUCUGGAAGAAGAGAUGCAAAGAGAGAUGGAAGAAGUGCCACCAGUGGAGAUGAACAGAAACAUUACUGUCAGACUUCCACAUACAUCUACAAGCUCCUGCAAUUCAUCUUUACAUGGCACUGGUGAAGAAGACAAUGAGAAUGAAAGAGAUAAGCCCAGGGAAGCGAUCAGCGAGGAAAAGAACAUGAGAAGAGCAAUAUCUGGUGAAGAUAGAAAUAGCAUGAGCAACUUUUUGCUGCACAAGGGCUUACGUCAGACCUGCAGUUCAUCAGCUUCCUCUUUGGAAAAUCCUCCUGAGGAGGGGCAGAAUUAUACAGACCUAGAUGAGAGCAGAUGUAAACACCAACACAUUUCUAACAGCAGGGUAUUAAAUGAUGAUCUUGUAUUUUCCUUAAAAAUGGAUCCAGAAGGAGAUCAGCAGAAAUGUGAUUCACAGAUCUUUCCUUGCAAGGCAGUAGAGGCACAUUUAGAUUUAGAUUCCCCACCUUUCACAUAUAUUUCCCUUCUCCUUGCAAAAAAACCAGAAACUGUUACAAUUCUGAAAGUUAAAUGUUUUAUUGUAACUCUUACCGGAAACCUCACAAAAAGCAAUGGGUCCUGGGGUAUAAAGGCAAAAAUUUCUGAUGGCUCUGCUUAUCUUGAAGUAGAUUUUGCUGAUGAUAUUCUAACAAGUUUCAUUGGCUUUUCAGUGCCUGAAAUAAAUAAGCUGAAAAAGGAUCCAGCUUUACGUCUGAAACUUAAGGAUGGUUUAGAGAAAUGUCAAAAACAGCUGAUAGAUCUCUGUUGUUUGAUGACGAUUGAGUUUAAUCCAUUUCAGUCUAAAGCUACUGUAUUAAUUCUCCAGGAUGCUGAUGCUAGGCAUCUAGAGCAAUUGAAGAAACGUUUGAAUAAAUAAUAUGUGCAAACUUGCAGACUAUGUGUUAGGAAAUGUUUAAGUCAGAUUUCCCUUGAAGAACUCCUGAGAGUUAAACUUCAAGCUAAGUGGUGUGUCUUUUAUCAGGAAUUAUAAUGUAAAAGUGAGACAAGGAGAGGAUUUGUUGGAGCACAACUGGACAGAUUGUUUCUUAUGGUGACAGGAUUGGAAUAAGAUUUCAAAUAUUUGUGUCUUGACUUUUUCAUUCUGCAAAAUCCUGUGUAAUUCAGGUAAUCCUGAGUAGCAGAAUUUGUCAGGAAAUGUAUAACAAUGAACAAACCGUCUUGUUAUUUUACUUUUUGAAGUACUUACCUGAUUUUUAAAAGAAAGGUGCAGGAGACUCAGUUUUUUCCUUGGAGAAAAGCAGUUGAACAAAUUUAAAUCAAAUGCAGUCCCUUCUGCCUAUGCUAAUCUGAAGACUGAAAUCUGUAUUCACUGUGCAAGAACCUAAAGCAUAGAGAAAUUAAAAAUUGUCUUCUAAAUAUUUAGGUGUGAGGAAAAAAAAUCCAAUCCUAUACAAAAAGGACAUUUUAAAACCCUCUAUUUUUACAAAUAAUAUGAAAGAAAGCCAAGUGUUUUAAAAUGUUUAUUAACAGAAAAUUAUCAUAACGUAUGUGGAUUCUAUUUUUUUGUCACAUUAAUAUUAAUCAUUGCUAGUAGUUUCAAAAUUAGAGGCAAAUUUAUUUAUUAACUUUUAUGGUUACUUGACUAACCUUUUUACAGAGUAGUCAAAUAUUUAUGCUGCACAUAUGUUGUAUAGUGUAUUUAAUGCUGGUCUUAAUUUUGCUUUAUUUUUUUAAAAUUUCUGCUUCUAUUAAAGUUUUCAUUUAAAUUUUGGUGGAUGCUGCUUAGUCAGUUUAAAAGAAAACUAAAUAUUUUGUUGAGUGUACAGAGUAUAAGAAAUUAUUUUAUUAAAUGUUUUAUUCUUUUUGCUUCUUCCCCUUCUUUCCCCUUGUUUUGGGUGUUUUUCAUUUGUUUGUUUGUUUUCCUUUGGUUGAUUGGUUUGAGUUGGCUUCUUUUCUUGGAAAUUCAGAGGAAUUAAUAUUCUGGCAGGAAUAGGGGAAACAAUGACAGGAGCAGUUUGCCCAGUGUUGAUAGUGCUUGCAAAGAAUGUAAAAUUAGUGGCUGGGAGAGAUUUUUUUUAAUUGACCUGUCUUUAUCUUUUUUCAAAGCCUUUUCUUUAUCUGAGCAAUGUCUGUUAGGCCAUUGAGAUUUGCUGUGCAAGACUGUCAAUAUAGCCUUACUGCUCAAUCCCAAAUUGAGAACCGUGCUUGAAGACUCCAAGGAAAACUAGGAAGUAAUUUGCCAAGUAGGGUAAAAAUGGAGGAAGGUGGAGCAUGGGACAUCUUGAGAGUUCUUAUGCUUGAGGUGUAAGGGGGGGUUAGGCUUUAUUUUGUGCAGUUUAUAAACAAAACAUCCCUUUCUUUCCUUGCCUCUCCCACUGUCAAGAGAACCUGAGGAAAUUAUAACCCUGCGAGCCACCUCUGGGUUUAUUUUCUGAGGCUUUUGGGAACAGUACAUUAUUUAGAACUGUACAGCAAAAGCUUUUGCCUGUCUGGAACCUACAUUACUGGAUCUUGAGUUACAGUUUCAGAAAAAAUGGCUUGUUAGUAGGAAUUUGACCAACCUUCACUUCAUGUAAACCUUGUAGAAGUUAAUUGAGCUGACUGUAAACCUCCAGUGCCGUUUUAUGGAAAUAUUUCUCCUAUAAUGAGUUAGGAAACGUCCUUUGAAGUUUUUGCAUUAACAUGUAAAAGGAUAGGAGUCUUCAAACUUCAAAUGGCACAAAUAAUCCACAGAUUUUAUUCUGCUUGUGCAGAGGAAGAAUCAUGUUAUUCAAAUUGCAAAAUCAAAUUAACUGUUGUGUUUGGUUUAGAUGAUGAAGUCACACCUGCCCCUCUUUUUUUUGCAUUUCCAUCAAUGUUUAGCCAUGUCUGCUACAAUAAUUGCAGGUACCUCCUGUUCUCUUCCUCCCUCCCCCACCUUAAAGGCAAUGUUACUUGUCUGACAUUUUCUUCUUCCUCACCCCCAUUGUCAUUGUCUUCAUUUUCAACAUGUGCUCUCUAGAAAGGCACUGUCAUGCCUGUGGUCUAGUGCAAGCAAGAAGAUCUCAGUAAAGCUGUUUACAACAUGACUGCUCUGCAGAUAUUUCAGUGCAAUUUUCUGGUGUAUAAGGUCUCCAGAUCUGUGUUCAAGCUUUUAGAAUUAAUGAGAAAUAUUGCAUAGUUUUUCCAACAAGAAAAGGAAUUAAAUUAGUUAUAUUGAGAAAGCAUGCUUGUUUAAGAGCUGAUGUCAAACAGGAAAUAUUUUGUGUGGCUAUGCAUAAGAGUCAUUGAUUCUUGCCUUAUCCACUUUGUUUCCUCUCAAAAUCAACUUUUCUCUUGGUGCUCUUUGUAUGCAUGGUGUGCAUAUAUUGCCUCAUUGUACCUGUGUGUCUAAGCCCUUCAGAUAACCACUGUUCUUACAGGCUGAAUUCACAACACAAGUUGCCACCCCAGCAGAGGUAUGGCCACAUUUCUGUAGAAUACAACAGCCCUCCUGCAGCAGCUGUUGAAGGCAUUUGUCAUGGCAGCUGCUCUCACUAGUUAGAUAUGUGUAGCCUGGCAGAAGGCAGCCUUUGCACUUUCUGUUCUCUUUUGUCUACAGUGUAUCACCAACUAACUUCUUGUUAUCUUUGUUUCAGGUGCUAAGUAGGCUUCUGCACUUGCAGCAUAUCUGACUGCAGUAAGGUCCAUGCUCUUCGAGAAAGUUUUCCUUUCAAUGGGGAAAAAAAGGUCCUUUUUUAUUGAAAAAUACCCAGUCACAGGUCACAGUAAAAACUUCCAAUUAAUUCGGUGUCAAUACAUGAAACCUACAAUAUUCUUGCACAGGGACUUAGUUGUUACCCUGUUAACAAUGAAAGUCAGUUCUUGCCUUAUGGUUAUUCAAGAAAAUGAAAACAAUUCAUGUGCUAUGGCAGUAGCAGUCAGAAUACCCUUUAAAGGCUCUGUCACUUAAAUCAAGCUAGUAGAAAACAUAAGGCUCUCAGAAACUUUGCCAUGCCCUAGUUCUUUUCAAGGUAUUCACACAAACUAGAACAAGGCUAUGGUUAGUCUGGGAAAUAUGGCAUGUUUCCAAAUAGACUAGGCUGGCAAAAACAGCUUGAGGACUAGUCUAAUCAUACUGGAUUUUAGUUAGGCCACAAAUAUGCAUGUCGUUAUAACCCUGCAACAUCCUUGUUGAAUGCAGGCAGUGCUCUCAGGAAGCAGCAGCUAUUUGAGAUAAUGUAAUAUCAAAGUAUGAGUGAAGAAUGUUAAAGGAUUUCCUGAAAGAUAUUCUGGACUGAUCAGAAGUGUGAGUUCACAGUAGAAGAAUUAUAUAUUUCAAGUCAUAUCAAAAGCAGAAAUUUUGAUGGUAAUGGAAUGGAACAUGAUUAGAUGGAACAAUAAAUAUAACAUUUGGUUCUAAAUAUAAAUACAUAUUUCUUGAUGUCUCACUAUAAUAUCAAACAUUUCUGUUUUGAGUAAAAAGGUAAUAACUUUAAGCUUUUUGCUAUAGGGAGGAAAGAAUGAUUUAUAGUACAGUGUUUCUGAAUUAUCUGGUGGCAAGGAAAGUUAAAUAUCUUAGAGGAAAAAGCAGAAAGGACUUUAAAAUGUAACACCUCUCAUUUCAGAUCUGUUCUCUGGUGUUAUGCUUCUAGAAGGAACAGAAUAUCAAUAGUAAUAACAGCAAAUGAGAGGAUAAAGAUAAACUGACAUUGCAGUUCCUGAAUUCAAUAGAGGAGUUUGCAAGUUUCCUACAAAUCAGAUGCUAAUCUAAAUGUAUCAGUCUGUCACUUUUUUCCUUAAGAACUUUAUUAUUCUUUAUUUUACUGGAUUUUCUAAUGGGGUGAAAUUGCAGUGUGUGGCUGUUGGAAUUUGUCCAGCUUCUGAUUCUUUUCUUAAGGCUAAAAAAACCUGUCUCUCUCAUCCUUUCCAGGAAAUGGCAUGUGCUCCACUGGAUCUCCCUGACCACCUUGGCAGCGUCUGCUGGUCACCUGCUUCCUUGUCAGCAGCAUUCUUGUGCUAGGGAAUGCUAAAUAGGACACAACACUCCACAUGCAGUCUCAAAAGGGCUGAAAGCAGAAGGCAGCUUGCUCUCUGGGACCUGUUUGCUGGUUGUGAUGGUCACUGCCAAGGUCACACGGCUGACUUCUGUUGAGCUGCACACAAGUACACACAGCUCUUACUCUAAAGCUUCCUCACCAGCUGGUUCCCAACCCAUACUGUUGCACGGAGCUACUUCUGCAAGGAUGAAGGAAUUUGCAUUUGUCUUUGUUGAUAUUCUAUUUCUACAAGUCUGCAUGUCCAACCUGUGCCGUAACGGUUCUCUAUCUCUAAUCACUUUCUUUUCUUGUCUUGUCCCUCAUUGCCAUGUGUGGAAGCUUCUCUACCAUUUUCCCCUUAUCUAAACAAUCAGGCACCUCUUUCUAGAGGGAAUUAGGUUGGGCAGACAUGACUUGACAUUGUAGGCUUGACAUUGUGCUGACUGUUUCAAUUUACCACCACCUUCAUAUGUGUCAUGGUUUGACACGG